AUGGAUACGUCGCCACACGAUGAAUGUGUCAGAAGAUUCAGGGAAAUCAAUCCCCUGAUAACCGAUUACGUCAUCAACAUAUGGGUAGACAGGGUCUACAAUUUCCUGCCGGAGCUGAGCUGGUCCAUAAUUGAGAUUGGGGGGCUUUGUAGAAUGUAUGUGCGCCGGCAGCAUUUAAUUGGCGAAGAGCGUCUUAUCGUGAUCGCCGGCGUCGCCAAUAUUCGGGGCCAAAAUCAGCCACAACGUCAACUAAUCGGGGUCAAACAACGUCAUAUCCACGAAAAAUAUCGGCAUCAUACCGCCAACACUACCACGAAGCGGCCGAUAAACUCGUUUCCGCACGACAUCGCGUUGCUUGAGCUGCGAACUCCCAUAAAGUUGAAAAAGCACGUGGCCACAAAGACGAUCCUGGUGAAGACGGAGGGUAUUUUGAAGGAGUCCGGGCACAAGGCCGUGGUGAUGGGAUGGGGUGACAUUGGAGAGGAAGUGGAUAACCCGAUAACGUCACCCAACCUCCUCUACACAAUUCUCGACGUCUGGACGGCGGCUGGUUGCAGGUCUGGGAAUCGCGCAGGCAUGGAUUUGCGACAUGUGAUCUGCGCCGAGAGAUUCGACACCGGGCCAUGUCCGGGUGACUCGGGUGGUCCCCUCGUCAUGAAAGUUGAAUCCAAACGCACCGGCGCCAAGUACCGCAUCCAAAUCGGCGUCGUCAGCAAAGCGCCGCCGAUGUGUAACUAUGAUGGCAGACCGGGAAUCUACAUGAAUGUCGGUUACUAUUGCUCAUGGAUCGAGCGCACUACAAAGAUCAAGACGUUGUGCCAGAAUAUCAAGGCCUUA